CUGUCGUAAUCGCGGGAAGAAGAUGGCGUAUAACACGUGAAAUAUUAGUCGAAAAAUGGAUAAAUCUUUCAAUUGCAUAUUUGGUACUGGCGUAGCAGUAUUGCAAUUUGAUUAUAUGGAAAGGUUGAUGCUGACCGAACAAGUGAACUACUGUUGACAAAGAAGAGAAGACACGUAAUAAGAUGGAACAGACUGACUCGGAAAUCUUACUAACUGAGAAUCAAGAACUUGUCUCAGGAACAGAUGAUAUGGGUAGAAUGGUGUAUUUAGUAGUGGACAAGACACUAGAUAAGUCUGGUCAGCAGGGUACGGCAGAUCUGAUCUAUAACAUAGUUGACGAGCAGGGAUUAUAUGAUCAGAUGGGCACUAGCGCCACCCUGGACACAGACUCCCAGCUGAUAACCGGUCACAGUGCCAGUGUCUCGCUUGAUGCAAGGGGCACAGUUUACCAGUACACUGUGCCAGUGUCGUCUGUGGAGAACUACCAGCUACCUUUGGGACAAGGGGCAAGCAACUCCAUUACAGAUAAAGUUCGUGUGGAGAGAGUUGAACAACUUUCUGCUAAUAACUUGACCCAGGCGAUAUCUGCGGAUAUGUUAAACAACAGUACUACCGCAGACAUCAUCCUGGCUUCCUCUGAGGAACCUGACCUCAACGACACAUCUAUCAUACAGGUCCAGGCCUAUCCCUCCCAGGACUAUGGAAGUAUGAUGUCUAUGCCGUUCAUUCCAUCAAAUGUGCCGUCUAAUAUCCACACUUUGUGUAUCCCGACAAGUAUGGAAGAUGCACAGUUACUGAACAAUUUUAGUGCGGAUGCCAUGGAAAGCUUGCAGUCAUUACUAGAUGUGGACGUGGACACCACCAUCACAACCACAACAGAGGAGCUCAUUGAUUCUGCCUUGGAUCCUGCAACACCUACCAUAAGCCAUGAGAACUACGACAAUUCGUUGCGGGCAGACAUUGAUCAAAUUAACGGGAAGCUGACACAACAACGUUCUCGGAGUACAACAUUCAGUGGCAACCAUGGGGAUGUUAGAAGAUCAAAACGUUUAAGUUCUCAUACUCCAAAAAAAUACAACCAUGUGCAACAUGAAGUAGAGGAGGAAAUUGAAGAAAGGAAAAUAGCGAACAGAACUCCACCAGAGUUACUCAAUGCAGAGUACAUGAGUCAGGAAGAUGUCAAUAUGGUGAAGAAAAGCGUGAGUAAUUUUCGACCAAACUUCUCCUCGUAUCCCACAUUGUGUAAAUGUAAACAUAAAGAAAAAGGGACAGACAUUCCAGUUGAACAGAUCUGGCUACACAAGAACCAAAUGUACUAUCUACCUCAGAUAAACAUUUUGGUGAUCAGCUUUGAAGAAUAUGUCGGCUUUCUUCGUCAAGACAAGUGGUAUGUCAGUGUUGGCGAAAUAACUCAAAGGCUUAUACCAAACUUUCGUAGUGAGGUGGAGUCAUAUCUCGUAAAGAAUAUUUGUGACAAGCAGUUUCUGUCACUUGAGGAGAUUGAAUACCUCAAGCAGAGAAGAUGUGUCAAUCAGAGCAUGAAAUCUGGUACCAUGAUAUCCUUAGACACCCUCCGGGUAAUGUGCAAGUUCUUAGCCAGCACCAAAGCAUUCAUACAGGCACCUACAAAUGGGCUGUCUAAUGCAGCGCAUGGUAUCUUCUACAAAAAGUUACUUGAAAAAAACACCAGAUGUUCCAAAUGUGGGGGCGCAGUCAAGAAUAUUGAGGCCUCUGAUAGAUAUGUACUUCUGGAUUCUCCUGUUGAAAUACUGUAUUCUAGAAGAAUCCAGGAGAGCUCUACAUCACAAGAGACAUCUCUGCAGAAGUCCAUGUAUGUUGGUGAAGUCACUAUUGGAAAUGUAUUUUUUAAGUCAUUCAAAUUAGAUGAGUUAACUUACAUUUCCCUCAAGGAAAUUGUGGAGUGUCAGGUGUUCAACCUCCAAGUCCUCCAGUCAAGACUUGUACAGCUUCAGUACCGACCACGACCAGCCCCCACAGCCAUCGAUUGUCACUUUUCCAAUGAACGCACGAAUGUAAACCAAACAUUGUGGAUCGACCUGAUGACCUUGCGCUGUGCUUGUUGUAUGAGUAGACAACGCUCUCCCACGUCAAAGAUAGAGGUUUUACAGCAGAUGUUCUCAAGAGGCCAGUAUACCUGUACCUUUGACCUGGAGAUCGUUGCUUUUGACGACUACGACUCGGCCAAUAAUGAAACUGUGUAUACUUUAGAUCCACACACGUACAAGAUCACAACCAGACAUAAUUAUAACCAGUCGGUUCACGCAGGUGCUGGUCGCAAAGUUCAAAGGUCAUUGUCCAAUGAGGAAGAGAAAAGAACGGAAACAACCAACGUAGUGAUGAAAAGCAACCUUCCUUCUGUGAAACCAAAAGCAAAGUCUUCUAAAGUGACUAUCAGGAGGACAUCUCCCCGAAAAACUGUUCUGGAACCAUCUCGCACUGAAGAAGAAGAAGCCUUGUCGCUCAAACCAGGUGUGUAUUACUUUGCUGACAAGAACAGCAUUGUAGACUUUCUGAAAAAUAAGACCACUAAUGAUACUCUCAGAGAGGACAUGGAGUGUAAAGUUAUUUCUCAAAAAAGAUCAAAUAUACCAGCACUCUCAAAACCAGUGUUCCGAGUCAAGUCUGCUCCAGAAACGGCACCACACCUGAUAAGGAGCGGAAGCUACUCGCACAAACGAGCAAAUAACCAGAAGACACAUGCAGCUCCCAAAAGAGGCUUCAAGAGAAAGCUACAGGAAUUGCAAACGGACACACACUUUAACACUGAAGUGAUACAUGACUUUACUCAGGAUGUCACUUACUGUGAAAAUAGGACAAGAAAGGAAAAUGAUGUGUCAAGUUCAGUGCAAUAUUAUCAGGACAUUCAAACAGUACCUCAACUCUCUUCACAGCAUGGUCACGAUACUUAUGAAUAUUCUACAUCAGGGCGUCAUGAUCUUGGCCUAGUGGAAAGCCCAGAGGUUCAGGAUAAGAAUGUUGACAGUACAGCAGCUCAUAAUGUAGAGGAGGAGAUGGAGUUUUCACACAGUUGCGGAGGAAAGGGUCGUUUGACAACUCAUCCUAGCUCAACAGUAGGCAACCUUCAGGAUGUUGAAACACAGGGUACAGGACACAAAAGUAAGGUUUUCCUAAAUGAAUCGAACAAUGAGGAGGAAAACUAUGACGAUUACAGUAACAAUGACUUCGGAGAGAUUGAAGAAGAGUUUUCAAAUUCGAGUGCAGAUGUUAAGGCCGAUAAUCUGCAUUCUGUGCCUGAAAAUAGCAAAUUCUCCUCUCCUGAACAAUCAAAUAGUAUCUUUGAUAAAAACCAAGAUUUAUCUACGUCUACACCGCACUCUGUUUUCAAAGGAAUACUAAGGACUCCUCGUAAAAGAACAGAAUAUCAUUCCUCAGAGUCCUCAAGUGUACAAUCACCAGUGGCAAAUGUGGACUUGAUAGAACAGACUAGAAAACUUCCAUGUCCCAAUUGGCUUUCUCCAUCUGCUAGGCUAAGAUCAGCACGAAGUGGCGAUUUGUCACUGUCACAAGUUAAACCCAACAAAUAUGACAUUGGUAUGACACCAGAUGAGAUUGUCAGAACAGAUUUGUUUUCACCAGGAGAUGGUGGGAUCUUUUCCACACCUUGUGUUUCUCCAAUACUUGAUAGAAAAUCAGACAAAACGGGAAAAACAUAUAAAAUGGAAAGACUGUAUAACAAGUGUGCUUCAUUAGACACCUCAACAGAUGCAGAUAAAUCCUUACAUGUGUUAGCAACUGUAGCAACAGAUCUUGAAACACUGGAUAAAACUUCACAAUCCAAUAUAUCUGACAGAAAUCACCUUCGUGUCUUCAAUUCCGUUGUCCCUUGUGAGUUGGACAAAGAGAAAUCUGUUGGUGUUGGCACCAAAAAGACCAUGAAAAGGGAUAGAUUUGUGUUGUUCUUAAGACAGUUACUAGACCAUGUGACAAUUAGUAGAGAAUCUCCUUCAAAGAAAUGUGUCGCUGUGAAAUUCAAGGAUGUUGCUAAAACACACUUCCCUGCACUUUGGAAGGAGUCAGGACAGACAAGACUGAAAAAGCUGGCCAGGCUUUUGGCACUAAGUGUCCCUGCCAGUGCUGUGGAAGAUGGCUUGCCUUUGACGUGAUAGCUAUACAGAAGUUGGUUCCAGUCCAGACUCAUGUUUCAAGUGUACAAUGAAACCUCAUUAAUUUGUAUUACAGCAUUCCAAAAUGCUUGCUUUGUUUAUCCAGUUCACUUCAUAUCUGAAGCUGACUAUUUUAAAUCCCAGGAUAUGCAUAUUUUCACUUUUGAUAAUUAUAAACAUGUUACCGAUUCAAAUUUUUCAUUAAUAAGCUAUCAAGGCUUUAAACAACCAAGUACUGGACACUGUAAUAUGGACCAUUCCCGAUUCUAAAUUGUCCGGUCCAGUGAGGUCCUUCAACACGUUUCUAGUUAUAUCAAAGCAGGUGUCCUUAUAAUUAACAGAACUUAAGGUGUAGCAUAUUAUCAAUUUUGUGAGCAUCCCUAUAAGUAGAGGGUGUCUAGGCAAGAUGAGAAUUUAAACCUGGUGAAGAAUAUUAUUGAAAAAUGCAUAGUGGAAGACCAACAAAUAAUAAUGUUCUUAUAAAUUAUGAAGAAAACCUAAAAUUAGGCAGCAGCUUUUUUAAAGAACAAUAAUUUUACUACUGUUAAAGGUGAUGAAGGUUGAUUUGGAAAAUAUUCUUUCCAAUUAGAAUUACUUUAUCUUUAAAGAUAAAGAAAUGUGUAUUUUUGAAAAGUUUGUGGCCACAAAUAACUUAAAUAAGGGAUCAUGAGUUCUAUCUGCGUGAUAGAUGUGUACAUGUACAAUAUACUGGUAUUAAAUGUACAAAAAAGACUGAUAACAGAGAUUUUGUCUUUUAACGUUUAUUUUAUUAUUACAGGUUUAGAAUUUGGUGUUUUGUUUAAUACUGAAAGAGUGAAUAUAAUGACAGAAAUUUGCAUCAUAAAUGGACCAAACUUUAACAUCGGAACACUCUUGACUCCCUUCAAAUACAUGUAAUUGUGUUUAUAGUACUGGUUCAUCUUCAGGGCUUUUCGAUACAAUCUUGUCCUGUAUAACUUUUAACAUGUUAAAACCAUCAUGAUGAAAUUUGAAGUAUACUUGCAUAACCCACAAAUGUGCAGUGUACUGUGAUAUGGUCACUGCAACAUUAAUUUCAAAAUAAAAUGUCAAAUACGUCAAAAAAAGAAAAUACAGCCAAAUGUUGUCCAGGCUCUUGCCAAAGUGCAAAAAUAUUGUGGUAUUUCUGCUGGCAGGCAGGUGUUGUUUUUCAGGAUAUUGUGAUUUGACCAGCUUCAAGAUACAAGUUUCUCUUGUUAGGAAAGUAAUGAAGACACUGUGUUAAAAUUGAAAUGAUAGUUUCCAGAUAUACAGGUGCACAUUUAUUCAGGAGUUUCUAUGAAAGAUUGAUUGUAUUACAUUUAUAGAUUUAUAUUUUAAAAUGAAUGGCUGGGUGCUAUUAUAUGAUUACAAUGUUGCGUUUUGUAAAAGCUGUGUUCAGUAUUUAGUUAUUUGUAUGUGUUUAAAACUCAUUGAAUGAUAUUAGAAAGAAAGGGGAUGGAUCCAAACAAUUUUACUGCAAGUACUUCUGGUUGUUUUCUAAAUGUUAACCGAUGUUUUCUUGAAAAAAAGACAGACAUUGAUCCAGAAAUUUUAAAAGGAUUUUUUUUUUAUCCUGCAUUUACUAUUACAUACUAUUAUGUAUUUUAUUUUCAUGAUAAAACAAUAUACAUAUAAGGGAAUCAAGUUAUUAUUUUACCAAAAUCAAAUAAAGAACUGUUGAUUGCAAUCUGAUUAAAAUCAUAUGUUACAUGGCUUCGUUAACUUCGUACUACGCCUGAACCCAUGUAACGGAUGAUUUUAAUCAGAUUGUGUUGAUUGAUAAAUCUUGGUUGUCAAAUAUAUAUUACUGUAGUGAUUGGACUAUGUGCAGAAAAGAAAUGAGAUUUUAUUGGUAAUUCUGAAACUGCAUUUAUUUAUUAUAAAGGAAAUGUUGCUUUAUUCUGGAGAUCUGAUUUAUUUGGACAGAUGGUUUACUUUGUAAUAAAUGAGGAUAUGAAUGAUACUUAAAAAACCAAGUUCAUGUUUUGUGAUAUGUGGUGGACUUCCAGGUCAUUGAAGUGUUAGGACAUCUGUAAAAUACCGUUUAGGCUUUGUUAUGAAUAGCAUGUGCAUUAUUAUUAUUAUUAUUUUGCAGCUGUGUGUUGUAAGCUGUUGGAAGAAUUACUUUUUGCUCAGGGUAUGAGAGAAAAGUCAUUGCAUAUGCAUUGAGAACACGUUCUCUUGUAAUUUUCCACACUUCCUACAGUUAGUUGGUGUAAAAAAUGACCUGGGAAUUUUCUAAAAGAUGCAGAGUGAAAUCACACUCUAAAACCCAAGAACAUCCCCAAUCACUAAUUAGUGCUAUGAAAAAAAGUAUUUUCCACUGAAAAAGUUACAAAUUUAUGUGUAUUUUUAAGUUUAGGCUGACAGGUCUGUCAAUUAUAUCAAAAAUGACAUUUUGAUACCCUUUUAUUUUUUUUCUCUAAUGUCCAUAUCUCGUACAAAUAUCCACGAUCAUCUAUUCUGUAAGUCGGAGGAUGUCGGAAUCCCAAAGAGGUGAUACAUGGUAUGUGUCAAUAUAACCUGCCUACAAUCGGCGUUAACUACAAUAUAAUGGAAUGAUGCGGUAUUUAGGAGGAUGGGCAAAACAAAUUAAAUCUGUUGUGUCUGUUACAGUUACUAUGUUCGGUUGAUUGUCCAGUAAUUUUGAAAACAAAUCUCGAAAAAGAAGGCAUUUUGAUAAUCAGUUAGUCGGACUUGUCAUCUUUGCUACCUCACAAUAUGUUUACUUAGUGGAUCCAUAUACUAUAACAGUACAAUGUUUACUAUAUAUACGAUAUGUACUUACAUACCUAUUUGAUUACUUCCACAUUAUUUUUCAUUGAAACAAUGCUUGUCAAAUUUAAUAUAAGUUCAAAAUUUAUGUAAUGGAGUCCUAGUGUGGACUGAAUUUUUUGGUUGUUUAACCACAAAAACAAGAUUUUCUUAAAAUUUCAUCUUGAAAGCUUCAUAUGAAACAGUAUCAAGAGAAAAAGACGCCCAAAACGACAAAUCGUAAUCAGCAAUUUUAUUUUGAGAGAUACGAGGGCAUAUCUAAUUAAGACCUGGAGGAAAAUCAAACUUUGUUGGAUUUAACAUGACAAAACACUUUUUUUCAAAUGUUUAAUUUUGAGGAAAAUUAGGACUAUGUCUGAUUAUUAAGAUACGGGAAAUCCAAAACGGUAGCUAAAGACUGAGUAAGUUGUUUAUCAUGCAUAUAAGUUUACUUGUAAUAGUUCUAAUAUACUAGUCACAAUUAUGAAAUAAUAGUUCAUAUUCAUUGAUUAAAAUGUCAUGCACACUGUGCGUAUGCAAUAAUUUCGUUUUUUAUGUUAAAUCAAAAAUGUUUUACUCUCUAGUUGUUAGUACCAGCUUGUUGAAUAUUUGCA